AUGAAGCAACGGCAAUUUGUGUUUAUUUUAUGUAUCUUAACAAACCUAAUUGCGUUGUUUUGUGUCUCUGCAUAUACUCGUGAAAUUACUCAGACACUGCCAGCUUAUAUCAUCGCUUCGAAAACUGAUCUCAGCUCGACAAAAUGUGGAAAAGAAUUACAGAAUUUUCGAAAUGCUAUUGAUCAACGAAUACCAUGGAGUUUGAAAGUGUUAGAUUCCAGCGGCGGAUUUAAAUCAGGUUUUCUUUACGGUAAUACUUAUUGGCUCGGUAGUCGUAGCCAGUGUCUCGAUACGAUGAAUACGACUCCUUUACAGAUCGCAGAACAGAAAAUAUCAAAUAUUACGCUGUAUUGUGAUCCGCAUAAGGAGUUUCCGCCUUUUGAAGUAAAUUACUUCGUUGCUCAUCUGAGACAUAAUAGUACUCUUAAAUAUUAUGUAAAUGUAUUUAAUGAGAAUGUGAUUUCGCUCGGACUUUGUUUACCAGCAUCGUGCACUAUAAGUGAACUAAUUCUUAUUUUGAAAAGAGUAUUUCAUGAUAAAAUUACUUUAAUUGAUGAUCUUUAUUCCGUGGAUUUCCAAUUAAUCCAAGUUAAAGAUCUAAAAGAUAAUAAUGAAUGGCUAUCCAGCAAAGCCUUAUUUUUAGUCGGUAUAAUCUUGGUGUUUACUUUUUUUAUGACAACAAUUGGAACAUUAUAUGAUUUAUUCAUUCAUCAAAAACAUAUGAAGAAAAAUGCAACAAAUAAUGGCAAUGUAAAGCACGUAUCCAAGGAUAUAAAUACGGAAAUAAAUGUGUUUUCAUAUCAAAAAAAUAUAAUUGGAGAAAUCUUAAUAUGUUUCUCUGUUUAUACAAAUACGAAAGAAAUAUUUCGCACAAAAUUAGAUACUGGUACAAUAUCCACCCUUCAUGGCGUAAGAUUUCUAGGCAUGUGUUGCAUAAUCAUGUCCCAUACAGUUAUUUAUGCAAUGGAUUUUAUUGAUAAUAAAAUAUGGGUGUGGAGGAGACAGUUUUACCAUAUUAACAAUUAUAUAGUUGGUAUUAGAAUUGUAUCAAUCGACUUUUAUUUUCUUUUAAGCGGAUGUUUAGUGACUUAUAUAUAUUUGAUGAGUAAAAUGAACAAAGGACAGAUUGAGUCGAAUUGUAGAGAAAAGUUAAUUGAAUUAUUUGUUCAUAUAAUAAAAAGAUUUAUUCGACUGACACCGGCUUACAUGAUGGUGUUAGGUAUAUUUCAAUUAAGCUCGGUUUGGUUUGAUAAGACGUCCCAAUUUUAUGUGAGCGAAAAAUCGCAUGAAACUUGCGCUAAGUAUUGGUGGAGAAAUCUUCUAUAUAUAAAUAAUUUUUUUGGUCUUGAUGCAAUGUGUAUGAGUUGGAGCUGGUAUAUAGCUAAUGACAUGCAAUUGUAUAUAAUUACUAUGAUAUUGUUGAUUUUGUCGACUACAUAUUUCUACACCGCUGUUACGAUAUUGGGUGCACUUUUAAUUGUCUCAAUUAUUCUUAGCGGUUAUACUUCUUAUGUUUAUGAAAUUGUACCAUUUCAGACGUAA